AGAAUCCGUACUCUUACCCUUGAACUAGCUCUUCCAGAUACUGAGAUUAUUCGGAUCCUUCAAGAAGAAGGGUUUAAGAUCUCACGGAGUUCUCUAUAUCGCCGUCGUAUAGAUAUGGGUAUCGUACGAAAGGUACGAGGUAUUGAUGCAUAA